CAACUCGAACUAAAUUAUAAAUAAGUGUGAAAACAGCAUCCAACUGAUAGUUUCACUUGCACAAUGCUCAUCAACAGACUGGCACUUUUUGCUGCACUAAGCCUGGCUUUAAUAGGCUUGGCUAAGACUCUCGACGCAUUUGAAUUCCUUGAUGGGAGCCUGGAAGGAGAAGAGGAGUGCCGACAGAAGAAUAAUAUUUCCCCAGAGGAAUACGAAAACUUUUCCGAGUUCGAUAAUGUUGAAAAUGUGCUAAAUGAAACUGUGGAGUUGAAGUACAAAUGCCAUGUGAAAUGCCUGAUGGAAAAACAAUCAGAAAAGUGGCUAAAUGAUCAGGGCAAAAUGGAUUUGACGCAGAUGAAUGUCAGCAGUGAGGCAUCGGAGGAUAUUACCAAGUGCAUGGAUCAGGCCAACGAAGAGCCUUGCUCCUACGCCUUUAAACUGGUUAUUUGCGUUCUCAAGGCCGAUAUUCAAACCCUUGAUUAUGUGGAAAAUGUGGAAACUCUAGAAGAAGACGAAGAAGAAGACCUUCUCGAACUCACCACCCAGUUGGGGCAAUAAAUUUUAAUUAGUAUAAAAGUACAGGCA